AUAAUAAUCCAUUGGAGCGAAGAGAAGCUGUGCUGCAGCGAAGCUGAAGGCGAGUUUCUUUAGUUGAUUAGGGUUUUGCGCAGAGUUGUGAAGAGGGAAGCCAUGAGCAGGAGCUUGGGAAUACCAGUGAAGCUACUUCACGAAGCGACUGGUCAUGUAGUCACCGUGGAGCUCAAGAGCGGAGAACUCUACAGAGGAAGUAUGAUCGAGUGUGAAGACAACUGGAAUUGCCAACUCGAGAACAUUACCUACACUGCCAAGGAUGGAAAAACAUCCCAACUUGAACAUGUAUUCAUUCGAGGAAGCAAAGUCAGGUUUAUGGUCAUACCAGACAUGCUGAAGAAUGCUCCAAUGUUUAAGCGUUUGGAUGCUAGAAUUAAGGGCAAGGGUGCAUCACUUGGAGUUGGUAGGGGCAGAGCAGUUGCAAUGCGAGCAAAGGCUCAAGCUGCAGGCCGCGGAGCAGCUCCUGGUAGGGGCGUAGUACCGCCUGUACGGAGAUGAUUAGCCUUACAGUUACCUUUUCCUAUCCGCUUUCCAUCUUCCCUCUGCAUGCUGAAUGUGGAUAGCCAAACCAGAAACUUCCAUUUUCCCUCUGCAUGUUGAACGUUGGUAACCAAGUCAAAGGAGGUGGUAAUUGAGAAAAAAAAGAAAGCUAAUAUCCUGUGUGCUGUUCCAACAUCACGUGAGUUCAUGCCUUUUUUAUUAGUCAUCCUCGAAUGCUAUUUGUUAUUGAUGUCUGAUUUUUCGAUGCUAAUAGAAUAUGCUAGUUUAAAUUACAUUUGAGCUACAAGUUAUAUUGAAGAGUUGGUACGUCAUGCAGUGUGUGUGUGAAUUGAUUUACAGUGACAUAAAAUGUUGGAGGAAUGGCGUUUGGGUGAUUUGAAAGGGAAUUAUGAACACUUUUUGUUAACUUUAUAUCUCAAUUCAUAAAUCAAAUAAGAUUGAUUAAAAUAAUGUAUGUAUA